CAAGACGCGCGCGAACGAAAAGAUGGCCCACCAUGAUCACAUGGCACACAUGAUGGCGAUGAACACGUCCGGCUCACCCGACAUGACGGGUAUGGACCACAUGGACCACGGUCACAUGGCCAACACGAACCACCACAUGGACCACGGAAGCAUGAGCCACGAUCACGGCUCAGCCCAAGGCUCCUCGGACGCCUGCUCGGCUAUGUCUCAUGCCAUGCACGGGAUGUCGAUGGCCUUCCACGGCGGCUACUGCGAGAAGAUCCUCUUCGAGACGUGGCAGAUAUCCUCGGUGGCAGGGCUCAUCGGCUCCGUCAUCGGCAUCGUCAUCAUGUCCGCUCUGUACGAGGGUCUCAAAUACUACAGGGAAUACCUAUUCUGGAAGACGUACAACGCGCUGCAGUACAGGAGCGUGUCGAUGCCUCAGGAGAAGAACGUCGUCAACGACGACAACCGAGUUGUCCAUAUGGUCGGCGAGGUUAUCCACAAGCAACCGCCAACGAUGCUGUCGUGGAUGCACGCUUUCCAGACCCUGCUCCACAUAAUCCAGAUAAUCCUCUCGUACUUCCUGAUGCUGAUCUUCAUGACGUAUAACUCGUGGCUCUGCGCUGGCGUCGUGCUCGGAGCGGCGAUAGGCUACUUCCUCUUCGGCUGGAAGAAGUCGGUGAUCGUCGACGUGACCGAACACUGCCACUAGUGUUUGCUGCGCCGGCGACGACAGACCAACGUCUCGGCAGUGGCGCAGGAUGAUCUGCACACGACAACCAGCGCCUAGUGAAAGCGAUUUGUAUAAAUUAAUGAAUAAUAUGAAGAAACGAGAAAAAACAAAACACAAAGAAUAUCGUAUUAUACUGGUACUUGGAACACUGUGGUUCAAAGACUGGAAAGUAUACGAUGUGUAUAUGAGGAAUUGUAGAUGAUUAUGAUGAUGAAUUUUUUAUAGAGACGAACUGUACAUUGCUCGGAGUCGCUAAAUUACAUAUUUUCGUGGUGUAUACGUAUUUUUGGCUUUACUUUGAUGCCCUGUACAUGUGGUGCUGCAGUAUAGACGAGGGAGAAUUGGAUUCGUUGACGUUCAUGUAGCAACUGUGCGCGCGAAAAGAUACACACACGACUGAAUCUCCUAAGGAAAGUGUCGACUGAUGACGAUACCUAUUUUUAUACAGCAAGUUACGUGCGUAUUUGCAAAUGUCAUACGCGUACACUUUUUUUUUAUUUCUGCGCUGCGUGCUUCCUUCUUUUUAUUCGCACAUGAGUGUCGCAUGCGUGCGCGUCGUAAAUUUGAAUUCGAUGGAAGUUUGGCGAUUCAUUCGAUUGGAGAUGAUGGCAUGAGCGGAAUAAAGUGCCUAAGGUUUUUGUAUGUUAGUAAAACAAUAUUUUUGAAAUUUUUCGUGUUUAGUCUCCCGAUUGGAGAUUAUUGUAGAGCGCUCUUUAUAAUUUUAUUCACAAACUUGGUAACUGCGAGUUAUACCAAAUAGCAGAGAAUAAGUUCAUUUCCGUUCGUCGUGCUCGUCAGCCAAGCAAACUUGCAGAGAUUCAAAUUUUCGGCCAUACAUUCGAGUCCACGUGGAAGUCCCAAAGGCCGCACGAGUGAGAUUUGGACGUUUUUAUGUAACACGAAAUUUCAUGCGAUUGUCUGGUACAAUGACGCACUUAGAUAACAGAGAGAAAACUGAAUUCAUUGGCGUAACGCGCAGGGCUCUUUUCGAACGCACAUAUUCAAGCAAAUGGAAUUCAAAUUGUAAAUACUGUUGAUUCUAAUGAUGUAUAAUUACGUUGAAAGCGCAUGAAAUUGCGCACACCUUAUACGACUAUUCUUAGUUUUUCUUUUAUACGUGCGAACUUGCAGAAAUUUACUUUUAUAUGAACACUUAUGUAAUUGCAAAUAUACAUGGAAAAAGGUGUGCGAUGUAAGUAAUGUAAGUUGUUUACUAUGUAAAAUAAAAGAAUACAUAUAUUAUA